CAACAAUGCAAUAAUAAUGCAAAGUGGUCCCUCUCCCCUCUCCCGGACCAAGUCAAUCUUUCGAGUUUCUCUCUAGACCGUGGAGGGUGCGUGAGUGCGCACGAAGUCGGAUGGGAGGGCGGAUGACUCACGCGGUACUGCGUCGAGUGCGAGUGCCAGUAACUUUGCCAACUGCGCCAGUUCUGCGACGCCGACGCUCUUUUCUCCCCCGCCAUCAACCGCAACUUCUUCUCUCCCUCCCCCACCACGCCUGUGCCCUCACAUCGCCGGCUUCCCCCCCCCAACGAUCCUUUUCAACCUCGCCCUCGGCCUCAAAUCCCCCCACCUCUUUGAUUCCGCCCGGUGAAAAAACCAAGAAGUCGCCGCCGCCGCACAAAAUGGCUUCCCUGACCACCAAGACCGGCCAGGUCGUCGACCGGCUUGUCUUGGACUCCAUGCUGCGUCGCCGUCUCUUCUACACCCCCUCCUUCGAGAUUUACGGCGGUGUGUCUGGCCUCUACGACUACGGCCCACCCGGGUGCGCCAUCCUGAACAACAUCGUCGAUCUGUGGCGCAAGCAUUUCGUCCUGGAGGAGGACAUGCUUGAGGUCGACUGCUCGAUGCUCACCCCCCACGAGAUCCUGAAGACCAGUGGCCAUGUCGAUAAGUUCGCCGACUGGAUGUGCAAGGAUCCCAAGACCGGCGAGAUCUUCCGCGCCGACCACCUGGUUGAGGAGGUGCUCGAGAGCCGCCUCAAGGGCGACAAGGAGGCCCGUGGCCAGAAGGUCGAGGUGGACGAGGAGAAGGAGGCCAAGAAGAAGAAGAAGGUCAAGCAGACCAAGGUGGUCAAGCUCGACGAUGCUGUCGUUAAGGAAUACGAGGAGAUCCUGGCGCAGAUCGACAACUUCGACGGGCCCGACCUCGAGAAGAUCAUCGCCAAGUACGACAUCCGCAACCCCGCCACCGAUGGCAACCUCCUCCCCCCCGUGGCCUUCAACCUGAUGUUCCAGACCUCCAUCGGCCCCAGCAGCAACAUGCCCGGCUACCUGCGCCCGGAGACCGCCCAGGGUCAGUUCCUCAACUUCCAGAAGCUGCUGGAUUUCAACCAGCAGUCCAUGCCGUUCGCCUCCGCCUCCAUUGGUAAGUCAUUCCGCAACGAGAUCUCGCCCCGCGCCGGUCUGCUGCGGGUCCGUGAGUUCCUCAUGGCCGAGAUCGAGCACUUCGUCGACCCCGAGGGCGGCAAGAAGCACUCCCGGUUCGCCGAGGUCAAGGACGUUGAAAUGACCCUGCUCAACCGUCACGUGCAGCUGUCCGGCAGCACUCAGACGGAGCAGAUGACGAUUGGCAAGGCGGUUGAGACCGGGCUGGUGGACAACGAGACCUUGGGCUACUUUUUGGCCCGGAUCCAGCUGUUCUUGACCAAGCUGGGCGUGGACCCCAAGAGGCUGCGCUUCCGCCAACACAUGGCCAAUGAGAUGGCGCACUACGCCACCGACUGCUGGGAUGCCGAGUUGCAGACCAGUUACGGCUGGAUCGAGUGUGUCGGCUGUGCCGACCGCAGUGCUUACGACCUGACGGUGCACAAGAACAAGACCGGCGCUGCCCUGGUUGUCCGGGAGACACGCGCCGAGCCCCUCAAGGUCGAGGAAUGGCAAAUCGAUCUGGACAAGAAGAAGUUCGGCCCCCGCUUCAAGAAGGAUGGCAAGACCGUCACGGCCGCCAUUGAGGCGCUGUCCCAGGAGCUGCGCGAGAAGCUGUCGCUUGACCUGGAGCAGACCGGCAAGAUUGAGGUGGCCGUGGAGGGCGUCCCCUCCGGCAAGGUCGAGCUGGACAAGGAGCUGAUCAAGAUCGAGAAGCGCACCCGCGUGGAGAACGUGCGCGAGUAUACGCCCAAUGUGAUCGAGCCGUCCUUCGGCAUUGGCCGUAUCCUGUACAGCAUGAUCGAGCAGGUCUACUGGACCCGUGAAGGCGACGAGGCGCGUGGUGUUCUAUCCUUCCCCCCGGCCAUUGCCCCGACCAAGGUUCUGAUUGUUCCCUUGUCGACGCAUCAAUCGUUCGCUCCCCUGGUGCAGCGCCUGACGACCAAGCUGCGCCGGAUGGGGGUUUCCAACCGGGUGGACGACUCAUCGGCCAGUAUCGGCAAGCGAUACGCUCGCAACGACGAGCUGGGUACCCCGUUCGGAGUGACAGUGGACUUCCAGUCCGUCAAGGACGACACAUUCACCCUGCGCGACCGCGACUCGACGAAGCAGGUGCGAGCCAGCGAGGACGAGAUCGCGCAGGCGAUCAAGGCGCUGGUGGAGGGCGAGGAGACGUGGGAGGAUGUGCGCAAGCGCCUGCCGGAAUUCACUGGGCAGGAGGUCGAGUAGACGACGAACACGGGCAGAACAAAACGGGGGCGAGGGGGAGCGCAUAUAGACCGUCCAAUACUACUACUUCCUUACCGUGUUCUACACGUCGUCUCUUUUCUUCUCUCCUCUUCUUUCCUCUUCUCCUUCUCCUCGUGAGGUGGAGUAUGGUAUGGGUAUGGGUAUUAGUCCCGUGCUGGUUGGAAUUUUGAAUGCGUACUGAGAUGGUAGAAUAUUACCAAGCUACAUGGUUUAAGUACUGCCAUUUAUGCAUAA